UUCGGUGCCAGAGAUAAGGGUACGCUAGCAAGUGUGAGUUCCGUCGUCGUCGUUCAUGGUGGUGGUCAUCAAGAAAUGACCGACUGUUGAUGGUUAGGGACCCGCUCGGAACAGUCCGAACGACUCUCCAUUCUACCGCCAUCCAUCGUCUUGUCAUUGUGCUGUCCAAUGUCGCCAUUAUCGACGGUCCCAAGUGUAAAAAUGCUUAUCUCGGCCCAUCUGGGUUAAACUUCUUCGACGUCGUCAGCUCCAUGUGCCACACCACACGCGAUCACUUUAUAAGGGCCGCGAUUCUAGCUCGAUCGUUCGGUUUCUUACCGCUGAAUGGCACCUCAGACUCAACAAGCGUGGAUUAUCGAGAGACGGGGAGAGCCCAAGGAUGCCCUGUCAUUCAAGGUCGAUUGGCCGGUGCCGUCGAAACUGGCGAAGGGCGAGGUUCUUGUCAAGGUCGAGGCUGCCGCGCUGAAUCCCGUUGGGUACAAAAUUAUGCGUGCCUUGCCAAAUUUCAUAGCAAGGAGACCUAUUCCGGCUGAGUACGACCUUGCUGGGAUCAUCGAGGACCCCAAUGAUUCUCAGUUCACGAAAGGCGACAGUGUAUUCGGCGUAAUACACACUAUGAUGUCGCUUAAGAUCAGAGAAGGUGCUCUCCAGCAGUACGCCCGGGUACCAGCAGGCUAUCUGAUUCGACGGCCUCAAAAUAUCACGCCUAUUGAAGCUGCUGGAGUCACGUUAGCUGCAGAGACAGCGUGGCAAGCUCUCUUCGGUUGCGCAGGAUUCGAGGCCGGUCAAACCAUUUUCAUCAAUGGUGGAAGCUCCUCCGUGGGAGCCUUUGCCAUCCAAAUCGCCAAAGCCAAAGGUGCAGCUCGCGUCGUUGCUAGUGCGUCGGGCCAGAAUGAAGAGUUUGUCAAGAGCCUUGGUGCCGAUGAAUUCAUCGACUACACGAAGCAACCUUUGCACGAAUAUCUCACUCAGAACCCACCAUCCCCAAAAUUCCAUAUCAUCUUCGACGCGGUGGCAGUGAAGGACCCAUCCUUGUUCACGUACAGUCCUGCCUACCUUGCGCCGGGUGGAACUUUUGUUUCAACUGGCUCAAUCCAAGGACUUCAUCCCUUUAAUCUGGUUUUGAAAACGGCCUUCGCGAUGCUCUGGCCUUCGUGGCUGGGUGGCGUUCCGCGUGCAUACAGGAUCGUUAGUCUGGCACAUGACGCGUCUGCGUUAGAAGCGAUAAGGCAACUCCUCCUCGAAGGCAAGCUCAAGCCUGUCGUAGACUCCGUGUACGGAUUUAAGGAUGUCCUGUUGGCUUAUGAGCGUAUCAUGACAUCGAGAGCUAAGGGGAAAGUUGUCGUAAUGGUGGAUUCCUGA